GGGAAACGGCAGCUCAGAUGUGGCAACCCUGUUGUAGCCCUGUCUGCCUAAACGCCAGUCAACUACAUCCACUGCUCAAGGCUAAAGGUUAUGAAGAAGGCUUGGCAGGCUUCUUGUGGCUGACCGAUGCUGAGUGAUGGUCUAAGGGCUGUGCUUCGCGGAGGCGUUUGGGGCCGGGGAUGUUGCGCUGGUCUGUGCAUCUUGAAGGAGGGCCCAGGAGAGUGAACCAUGCUGCAGUGGCUGUGGGGCACAAAGUAUACUCUUUUGGAGGUUACUGCUCCGGGGAGGACUAUGAGACACUCAGGCAGAUUGAUGUUCAUGUUUUUAACACAGUGUCUCUGCGUUGGAUGAAGUUGCCGCCGGUGCGCAGCGCGGGAAAUGAGCGUGUGCGUGAAGUACCGUACAUGCGCUACGGCCACACAGCAGUGCUGCUUGAUGACGCCAUCUACCUCUGGGGCGGGCGCAAUGACACAGAGGGGGCAUGCAACGUGCUCUACGCCUUUGAUGUCAAUACCCACCGAUGGUUCACCCCCAAGAUUUCGGGCACAGUCCCUGGAGCUCGGGAUGGCCACUCUGCCUGUGUACUGGGCAAAGCUAUGUAUAUAUUUGGAGGCUACGAGCAGCUGGCUGACUGCUUCUCCAAUGACAUCCACAAGCUGGACACUGUUACCAUGGUGUGGACUUUGAUCAAUGCCCGAGGCACUCCGGCACGGUGGAGAGACUUCCACUCAGCCACCAUCAUCGGGACAAAGAUGUUUGUAUUCGGGGGCAGAGCCGAUCGCUUUGGUCCUUUUCACUCCAAUAAUGAGAUAUACUGCAACAAGAUCAAAGUCUUCGACACAGACACCAACUGCUGGCUGAGUACACCCUCCACCCAGCCACUGCCCGACGGCCGGAGGAGCCACUCUGCCUUUACCUACAAAGGGGAUCUGUACAUCUUUGGAGGAUAUAACGCACGAUUGGACCGGCACUUCAAUGACCUCUGGAAAUUUAACCCAGAAGCCUUCACCUGGGAGAAAGUAGAGCCUAAAGGAAAAGGUCCCUGUCCGCGGAGACGACAGUGCUGCUGUAUGGUUGGAGAUCGGAUAAUCCUGUUUGGAGGAACCAGCCCCUGUCCAGAGCAAGGAAUGGGAGACGAAUUUAACCUCAUGGAUCACUCAGACCUGUACAUACUAGACUUCAGCCCUAAUCUGAAGACGUUAUGCAAAAUAGCUGUUAUCCAGUACAGUCUGGAGCAGUCGGGCCUCCCACACGACAUCAGGUGGGAACUGGCUGCCAUGACAACCAACAGUAACAUCAGCAGGCCCAUCUUCUCGUCUCACGGCUGAACCAGAACUACGCUGUCUUUUACAAUCAGCUGGUUUCCAUAGCGACUGUUUUCGGACAAGUCGGACCGGAUGUACUCAGUAUCUCCCACUGUUUUCAAACUCUUACAAAACCACUGACCAAAAACAAAUGCAAAGUGACUUCAUGGAACAUUUCUCGCGAUGAAGGAUGUCAGAAUCCUUUGGAACAGUGAGAAUAUAAUCAUCACUUUUCUGUCUGGCAAAGUUAACAAUCCAAUCAGCCUAUGGCAAUCGUCGACUACAAUCGUAAGCACAGGAAGAGGCGCAAACUCCAGCCAAAGGUCUUUCACAUCUCCCCUUAAAAAAUCAAUGUGAAUUUUACCAGAUGGAGAGAAGUACUGUUUAAGUUUGUAGGUCAUAAAACCACAUAAAGCUAGCUAACAUAUCUAUCUGCUAUUGCUAAAUAAGUUAUUGUUUUGGGACAAAUGAAGCUAACUUAUUUUGAAUGAAAGAAAUGGCAACAGAUGCGUUCGCUUGUGACGAGUACCAUCCAGCAUUAAUUUACACAAACAACUCUAAAAUGGUGUCUCUACUUUGCAAGGUAAUGCCAUAAAAGAAAUCCUACCUCCCUUUAACAAGAGUUGUGCUGAAUUCUGAAAAAAAAAAAAUUUGUAAGAUGUUUUAUUUCCCCUUGAAAAAAAAAAAAAAAAAAAAGCCUUUCCAGUUUUGAAUAUUGUGAUUCAAAUGCCACAUAUUUAUUUUACUUAUUUGUUCAGUGCCAAAUGUGGAAAGGCGUUCUAAUGCAAAUAUCCCUUUUACAAAUGGCCGACUUUCUGUAUCGUGUGGGGUCUUUCUUCACUUGUAUGCAUAAUUAAGACAAUCUUACAGACCUUGUUACCUUGUCAUUGUAUUGGAUUCUAUUUAUAACAUGUUUCUAAGGCUUCAAUGAGCAGAUGGGACAAUUAAGGGCUUUUUUCCUGUUAAUAUACUGUUAAAUACAGUUUUACAAUUUCAAUGUCAAAUAUGUAAAAAUGCACUGGAGAGAUGGUCCUGUCCGUCAGCUAUUUGAGUGGUACUAUCGUUUCUAUCAUCAUCCAUAUACUAUACAUUCAAGCAGGAACUCAAACUCAAGUAGCCACCUUUGUUUUGCGAAGUAUUUUUUCCAUGAAUUGACUUUUUGGUGUAGGGCUGGAAGAUAUGACUAUAGAAAUGAAAUUGUUUCCUUUGAAGAUCGAUAUCCAGGUAUAUCAAUAUCACCCGGUUCAGUACGUGGUGUAUAAUUCAGCUCUACGCUCAAACGUAGACACUUUUCCCCAUCUACUUCUCCUAUUGGUCAGCCUCCGAGUGACAGGUGGAUUAAACCAAUCACAGUGAAGUAUGAACUCACUGAUGGCUUUAGUUACUCUUUACUUACACCUACUAUAUAACUGCAUUAAUUAUGAUAGGAACAAAUGAUGAUCUUGGCUCUUUAGAUGUUUGGCUCUUGGCUCUUGUGAUGUCAAUGAAGUGGUGUAAAACAAUGUUAGUCCAAGUCAUCUGAUCCCGGCACUGAAGCCAUUAACAAGCCUUAAGACACACAUUCACACUACAUUUUCUAAUAUAUCUGGCCCAAAAAAUGUCUAAUUGUAAUUCUAAUCAUUUGCUCAUGAGUGGUGCCAAUAGGAAACGUAACACAUUGGUUAAUCUUGCAAUGCAGAAACUCGGAUCAAAUCAAACUAUCAAAUUACCAGAACUACUGAUGCUUAUAAUGAACGUGUUUGUGUCCCCUUUAAGAGUCCCCCUUUUUUUGGUGAAUGUUUUGGGUGAUGGAGUAAAAAAUAAGAAAAUUAACAACUCUAACUAAUCUAUGAAUUACUGAUGUUAAAAACGAAAUGUAGAGAUGCUUAAUUAUUACAGUUUAAAUGUUUGAACUGUAUGUGAAGCCCUUUGACUAUAUGGCCUUAAGUAUUAUUAGGCAUACGUUAAAAUGCCUAUAUUUUGGGUGAUGUCUUUGACUUGACAUACUACAUUAUAUUAAACCUAGUAUCAACUGAAAGCCCUUAUUGUGGCUAAGCUUACAGAGAUUAUCUUUUUGUGGUUUUGAUAAUAUAAGUCUAAGGGGAAAGGUUGUGAACAAAGUGGCUGAGAGUAAUGGUUUUACAGUUUUGCAGGUCUCCAUAACUUUUUAUUUUAUUUUAAUAUAUUUUGUAUUUCUAUUUUGGCUGGGUUACUUUCUCUUAUGGUUGGUCAGGACUUCCUGUGCAAUAUGCUUUAUAACUGUAUCAAUAAUAAAGCUGAGACAAUUUGAGUUAACA